AUCGUUCAGGACUGACCAAAACCAAACGUAACAAACGAUUCAUCACCCACAUAUAACGCGAUUUGAAAUAGCUCGACCCAAAAAUACAAGUGUGUAGCCCUGGAGCCGUUUGGUUGACUAGUGUUGUUAAUUCCAUUUCCCCAAUUCAUUUUUUGAGUUCCCCCAAACACCUGUAUCGUACGGCGUAAUUCCAACACCCCCAGACUUGAAUUCCCUCAUUCGCCUCAAUUCUACAACCUCAUACUCUCAAUCAAACCCUAGCCGUCGUCCUCACCUCCGGCAGAUCUCCGGCGAAUUUCACGGCGGUUUGUAAAACUUGGUGGUUUCCGGCAAAAUUCCGGCGAACUUUUACUAUCAUCUGCAAAUUGUUCAAGGAUGGAUGAAAGUAGUAGUGCAAUUGGUAGUCGAAGGGGUAGAAACAAGCGAUUUUGGAAUAGUGAAGAAGACAAGGCUCUCAUUGAUGCAUUGCAUGAAUUAUCUACCGAUCCACGUUGGAAAUGUGAUUAUGGAUUUAGAAAUGGCUAUAUGAUUCGCUUGGAGGAGAUGAUUGGAAAGUCAGUUCCAGGUUGUGGGCUUAAAGCUUCGCCUCACAUUGAUUCUAGAUUAAAAACUCUUGUUGGCAAAUUUAGAGCUAUCCUUCAAAUGUUGGCAACAAAGGGAUUCAAAUGGGAUGAGAAGAAGCACAUGAUAUGUGUGGAGAGAUCAGUGUAUGAAGAAUAUUGCAAGGCGCAUCCUACUUGCAAAAAUUUGUAUGGAGUGUCUUUCCCUCACUUGCAUGUUAUGAUGGAGAUCUAUGGUAAGGAUUUUGCUACUGGAAAGCCUGCCGAGGGUUUUCUAGAUGCUGUGGACAACAUGGAUAAAGAGGAGGUUGCGCAAGUUAACAUUGAAUCAAGUGAUGAUGAUGUGGGUGGUAGUGGAAUCCUUACUACAGAAUCUGCCCCUCCAUUGAAGAAGGUGAAAAGAGACGAGACUUCUAAGAAAAAAGGAAGUGAUAAGGCGGCUCAGAGCUCCAGUGAUUUAGAGUUAGCAUGCUUGCAGAAUUUCAUGAAAGACAUGAAUGCCCAUCUUUCUACCAUGGCUAAUGUUUGGUCUCGUGCUGAUGACCGUGAGCAAGAUAUAGCGGAUAAGUGUAACAAAGUCUUGGGUGAACUAUUACAACUAGAUGGCUUAACCCCAGCUGAGGCUUUGGAGGCAGCAAAUAUUUUAACCGCUCAACCAAAUAAGCUCAUUAUUUUUUUCAAUUGUCCCACCUAUUUGAAAAGGCAGUAUGUCAAAAGUCUCUUUGGCUCUAGUGAUAAUGGUUGUUCCUAAACUCUGUUGCAGGCUUGCAGCUACCUUGUAGUAGAAAGGUCCUAUGUAUUUUCAAAAUGAUGAUGUAAAUUAAUACAAUACUCCUUCCAUUUAAUACAAAGCACAUGUAUAAUUUAUCA